AUGGCAACAACAUCAAUUUCUAGCUUGCAAAUUGCAAUGUCUAGAUCAUGUAUUCCUUCUUCACAAAAGUUUGCCGAUGUCAGUACUGUGAUUUUUGGUGGCAAGUCCAAGGCGGGAUCGUGGAAUAAACUUGCAAGUGCGUGUCAUGUUGCGUCGGUGCAUCCCUUCCAACGGAGCUUUACAUCAUCAUCCGCAAAGUCUGUCAAAUUUGCGACGAAGGCGGUGUCUGAGUCUAGUGAAACAAGCCCAAUUUCAGGAUUACCAAUUAAUUUGAAAGGUAAAAGAGCUUUUAUUGCUGGUGUGGCCGAUGACAAUGGGUACGGAUGGGCAAUUGCUAAAUCUCUUGCUGCUGCAGGAGCUGAAAUUCUUCUCGGCACAUGGGUUCCUGCUCUGAAUAUCUUUGAGUCCAGCUUACGACGUGGGAAAUUUGACGAAUCACGCGUAUUGCCUGAUGGUUCGUUGAUGGAAAUUACCAAAGUUUAUCCCUUGGAUGCUGUUUUUGACAAUCUUGAGGAUACACCAGAAGAUAUAAAAUCAAACAAGCGCUAUGCUGGAUCCAGCAAGUGGACAGUUCAGGAAGUUGCUGAAUCUGUUAAGGAAGACUUUGGCAGCAUAGACAUCCUCGUGCACUCACUUGCCAAUGGACCAGAGGUGACCAAACCACUGUUGGAGACAUCUCGGAAAGGAUAUCUUGCUGCAAUAUCUGCAUCUAGUUACUCCUAUGUUUCUUUACUCAAGCAUUUUCUUCCAAUCAUAAACCCAGGUGGAUCUUCAAUCUCUCUCACAUACAUCGCUUCAGAGAGGAUCAUUCCCGGAUAUGGGGGUGGUAUGAGUUCUGCCAAAGCUGCACUGGAAAGUGAUACACGAGUGCUUGCUUUUGAAGCCGGUAGAAAGCGCAAAAUUAGAGUCAACACUAUAUCCGCUGGUCCACUAAGAAGUCGCGCUGCAAAAGCAAUUGGAUUCAUUGAUAUGAUGAUUGAUUAUUCAAUAGCUAAUGCACCUCUACAGAAAGAGCUAUCAGCAGAGGAGGUAGGCAAUGCAGCUGCUUUCUUAUCAUCACCUUUAGCAUCAGCUAUCACAGGUACUGUUCUAUAUGUUGACAAUGGUCUGAAUGCAAUGGGUGUUGGAGUUGACAGUCCCAUAUUUAACGAUCUCAACAUUCCAAAGGAACAACAUUAA